AUGGUCAUCCAAUCCUAUUCCGGGGAGAUCGUCGGUCGGGUGGAGAAGAGGGGACUGGCCGAAGUGGAAUACAGCACGGAGUAUGGAUGCCAACCAAAUUCGCGAGCUCGUACCGGUGCUAUUGGUGCGACAGGGUCUGGCUCCCCUCUCGGGAAGAGGAUGGUUGGGUCUGGAAUGCACACAGGUCCACCGGUACUAGGGGAUGCGUAG